AUCAGCAGGAGCAGGGCCAGUCAGACUCAGAGCACAGCGAUCAUUAUCACAAACUACUGCGGGAGUCCAGCAAGAGUCACAUCACACUCGCUUAAGUCCGAUCUAACACAUCCAGAAACGGGAACGCCAGGGUCUGCAUAUCCCUGGAUAUUUGCCCUGCACGACCGCUCGGCUCCGGUGUGUCACCUGAAGCAGGACUUUGGAUAUGAUUAAGGAUCAUAAGAGUAGAUUUGUUUUCUCCGCAGUGGGACGGCUCGAUCCACCCCCGAGUCUGAUCUGAUGAUUUGAGAGGGAAGCAACGCAGCGCUGUGACUGUGCACCAUAUUCCUGCAGCUUCAGCACACAUUUCAUCUGAAUCUGCAGACGCACUCCACUGAUCGACCGCUUUUCCUUUCGAUAAAAAAAUCUCACCCGAGAUUGCGACUGACGCCAUUUUUUUUACAGCGAUAAAAACUCCGUCUGCUUGAGUUUGAAGGAUUGUAAAGUGCUUGUCACAAUCUAGUGGAUGGAUUUAACGCUACUCUCUUAGACUUCAGCAGCAGGAGCUUCAGAAAUGGUUUCACCUGGGAAAAACUCCACCUUAGUGAGAUUUAUAAGAUUCCGAGAGCAGUAGAGCCAAAAGCCAUCACAUCCCCCUCAGAUUAAACUCCGUCACCUGGACAGUGUGUCCCACUGCCCUUUUUGGGGUUUCCUGAAUCUUGAACUAAGCUUCGAGAUUGUCAAUGGAGCAAAGAGACCUUACUCGGACGGCCCAGCCAAAAGGGAACGAGGAGUUCUUCUCCACUGUUACCACCAUCAACAGAGCAGAUCUCAGUGAGGUGGGUCUCCUUGCCAGUCCAAUAAAGAGCCUCCCUUUACCUGGAGAGCAACGGGACCAUGAAGAGGACGAAGACCUCGGUCUGGGGAAGGAAAUUGAUGUCACUUCUAAUGCGGACAGUGAGAGAUGGGGGCAGGGAGAUGGGCUGGAAGAGCAGGAAUUCUCCAUCAAGGAGGCCAAUUUCUCUGAAGGCAGCUUGAAGAUGAAGAUACAAACAACCAAGAGGGCCAAAAAACCUCCUAAGAACCUGGAGAACUACAUCUGUCCCCCUGAGAUCCGCAUCACCAUCAAGCAGCCAGGAGAGCAGAAGACCGGCAAGCAUGCCAGGAGUGUCAGGGGAGGGAAGGAAGAAGAUAAAGGACCCCCCAGAAAAAGGACCUACGAGAGGCCUUAUAAACGAAUGGAUAAAACUGACAACGUGAUGAUGGAUAACAUGAAACCAAAGCAUGAGUCUAAAAGCAGUAACAUUUGCCACCUUGACUGGACAAAGCUGUUGGAUACUGAUGAAAAUGCAGUGUCCCAAGAACAGGAUGGGACAGAACCAGAAUCAAAAAGAGAAUCAGCGUGCACCAACAAGAGCCCUUUGUCAGAACCCAACACCCCAUUCUCAAAAUCGCAAGUUAAAAAGGUCACAGACAGUUCAUCUGGAAGUCUCUUUGUUUCUGCCAUGUCUUCCCCAAGCACUGACUCACUAGCAUUAUCUCCAGUUGAUGCAGUAAUGAGUCCCCCAGCUGACUCAAGUAUGUUCUCUUUUAGUAAAGACAGAGGUUUGCAGGAAGUCACUGAGCAAGUUUUUGGGAACAUAAAACGUAAAUAUGGAAGAAAAGACCAAAUGAAGGCUUCGACCACGCAUAAUUUAGGCCUUCAGUGGGACAAAAAGAUGGACAGAAAUACUGAAAACCAAGAUAAUGCUAAGGAGAAACAACCAUACAACACUGAUAAAAGUGAAUUUGAAACCGUGGAGUCUGAAAAGUCAAGCAGUAAGCCGGAUGUUGAUAAUAAGACAACAUCAAGUUGUGGCACUCAUCAUGCAGGUGAAUCUAAGAGUAAAAAGCGAAGAAACAGAAAAGUAGGUGACGAUAACAACUUAUCUGAUGCACAAACCACACAGCAAGCUGAGAAGAUUGAUAAAACACACCAAGGUAGCACAAAACCUAAAAUGACAAAGAAAAUAGAAUUCAGUGCACCAAAACAAUUUGGUGUAAAGUUACAGGAGAUUGAGGAAGACCGUGCUGAGAAAGUGACUGAUGAUGUCGAGAUGUUUCAGAAUAGACCAAGGAAAACACCAGCUGGGAGACAAAGAUCAGUGAUUGAUGCCGACAAGCAAACAGAGGGCAGGCAAUCAAAGGUCAAGGACAGGUGGUCUUAUUUAAAAUCCCAGAACUCCUCUCUUCAUAAAGACUUGAAUCAGUCUCUGUCCAUCGAAGAGCCACCCUCUGCCUUCCCUAUUACCCCAUCCAGCCCACUCUACACAAACACAAACAGUUUGACAGUCAUUACUCCAGUGAAGAAGAAACGUGGCCGGCCCAAAAAACAGCCGUUACUUACUGUGGAGACGAUUCACGAGGGAACUGCAACAAGCCCUGUUAGCCCUAUAGCCCAAGAUUCAUCCAGCACUUUAAAAAGGAGAAAGAAGCAUAACUUGUCGAAAUUGGUGCAGUUGGCCUUCAACAAAUCCCCUCCGGCACAGCAAUUAAAACUCAAGAAAUCAGGUCAAGAAGGUGUCCUUAAAAAGAGGGCACCUAAGAAAAUGAAACUGGUCAAGAUGCAAAACAUUUUGAAUGAACUUUUGACAACUUCUAGUCCUGGCAAUCUUGCCUUGAAGUCCAGUGUUCCAGUUUCAAAUGCCAUGUCGACUGUGGCAUCGACAAUCGAGGCCCGUUUUGGCAAGCAAAUCAAUGUCAGCAAGCGUGGGACUAUUUACAUAGGCAAAAAGCGGGGAAGAAAGCCCAGAAUUAAUCUUCAUACCCAGCAAAAUGAGCACAAAGCCAGUGAUAAGCACUCGUUGCCUAUUUCUAGUCCAUUUGAGAACCCACUAGUGCCUUCUAAUAUAUCAUCCACAACCGGAAUGCCUUCUCCCAGGGUCAUGCAUUCCCUUUCUUCUCCCUCUGCAGCAGGUGGGACGUCUCACCCUGCCACCAUGGAUACCAGCCAGCAUGACCUGAAGACAAUGCCAAAUCUACAGCCUAUCAGUGCAUUGCCCACAAAAACGUAUAAGGGCUUGCUUAGUAGUAACUGGAAGCUGUCUCCCCCAAGACUAAUGGCCAACUCACCAUCCCACCUGUCCGAAGUGGCUUCCGUCAAAGAAGUCACCCUAUCUCCAGUUAGCGAGUCCCACAGUGAAGAGACAAUCCCUAGCGAUAGUGGAAUUGGCACCGACAACAACAGCACAUCAGACCAGACCGAGAAAGGCCCGGCAUGCCGCCGAAGAUACUCAUUUGAUCUUUGCAGUUUUGAUGCCACUGAGACCGCUGUUUUAGAGGCAAAAAGCAAAGCAGUGAGGGGGCACUUCCAGAAGCAUAUGACUGGAGUCGCUGUGGAAAACUUCUUUGCUCAAGAGAGCCUGAAGAAGCAGAAACAUCGGAGGAAACGCAAGGUGCUCCAGAGCCAGGAUGACCUGCAGUUUAUGGCUGACCUAGAGGAGCUGGUUAGCAAAUUCCAGUUGUUCCGAAUCUCCCACCGCAGCUACAAGUUCUACCAUGAGAAUUCCUAUCCCAGCAUCUUCCGUCUUAACUUUGACCAAUACUAUCCUAUGCCAUACUAUCCCUACGACCCUGUGCACUAUAUUCGCAGGAGCUCUGAUAAGUCAAAGAGGAGGCGUGGUCGGCCAGCCAAGUCAAACGAGCCAAUAUCAAAGAUGCCUUUCAUUCAAGGGUUUGGCUGCCCAGUGCCUGGUGGCAAUUACUAUGCACCCUACGCGAUGCCUUACACAUCCAUGCCUCUUGCCACAAGUAUGGUAAACAUGGGCUAUUAUGGUCAGUACCCUUCACCCUUGUACUUAUCUCAUGCACUUGGACCUUCUGGCUCUCCACUCAUGAGGCCAUCAGUCCCUCCACCAAAGUUCCACCCUGGUACGUCCUCUAGUCUCGCUGCUCCUAGCAGACAUAGAGCGAAGAAUAUGCCACAUGAGAUGCCUUCAUCUAGAAUGAGUGACUCCCAUCACCCUUCAAGCAGCUGUUUGGGAAGUGUCUGUCUCCACAAACGCAAGCACAAGCACAAGUACAAACAUAAAGAGGAUCAGUACAUCCCACAGAGGGAGGACCUCGGAGGGCUCUUCAGUGGAACCCAGAGUCCUGCCUUCCUCAACCUCUUGAAUGAGAGACUUGAGAAGAACUCUCUGUCCAAACUGAAGGACAAGCAAAGAGGCAAGCAAGUCACAGAUGCUUUGCCAGAAACUUCACGGAACUACUUUGAAGUAGACACGCUUUCAUCAUUGUCCUUAUCUGACUCUCAGCUUUGUAAACGCACUCAAGGACAGACACUGAACAACUUCCUGAACAUCUGCACUAGACAACCACACGAGCGCCUGCGAGCCAGCCAGGAGCAGUCGCUGGACUCAUUCAAGGGGCAGCACUUAGGGGAUGAUGAGUCUAGCAUUCACAUCAGGAGGCAUAGCUCGGAGGACUUUUCAGCAUUCAGAGAAGGAAGCAUGGUGCCUUUCCAAGGAGGCAGAGAAGAGAGGGCCGAGCAGAUGUACCAGUGCUCCAACACAGCUGUAUCAGAUCCCAGUUCCCACAAGAGGAGGCACAAGUGCAAAGAAGUUGAAGAGAUCCAGUGUGACGUGCAAAAAAUGUGUACCUUCUCCAAGAUCCUCACCACCAAGAAGAACCUGGAUCAUGUCAACAAGAUUCUGAAAGUCAAGAGGCUUCAGAGGCAAGCCAAGACAGGGAAUAACAUGGUGAAGAGACGCAGAGGGAGGCCGAGGAAGCAGCCGCUUUCUCUUGAGGAGGGAUUGCUGGGUCAGAUGCCAGUUCUAGAAAAGUGUGUGGAUCUUCCAGGGAAGAAGAACCUUCACACUGGUCUGGUUCCUGCUCAGCUUGAGUUCUCCAAUCACGACUCCAUCACAGAUGCCAUUGAGUCAGUGGUACACAUGGCCAGAUCCCAAACCAACUGGCACAAAGCUCAGCCGGAGCUCCAAAUCGAGCACCCAAACCGCAAAGGAAGAGGGCACAAGAGAGAAGAAGCUACUCUCACCUCACAUUAGAGAAGUCAUGACAGUGCACUGUGAGUUAGCCUUGUGCUUGGGUCUUUGUAUCGUUUUUUCAAAUUGUUUUGAUCUCAAUUCUACUGACACAUUUUAAUGGGCAUUCGCUGAGAACUUGGAUCAUGGUUGUGGUCUAAAAAAAACUCAGCUUUUGGUUUGUACGAUUCUGUCCCACAUUUUUUUAUUGGUCUCAAGGAGACAAAGUGAACUUUUACUCUCCCAAAGCCCAUAACCAUGAAGACUUUGAAACUAUGGCUGUAGCCAUAAUGUACCAGCACAUGUAAAUGAACUUCAAUGACAGUACUGUGCACUUUUUUUCUUUCUCUUUUUCGUUUCACUCAAGCACAAAGCACAGGUCUUCUGGCAAAGGUUGAUUUCGAACAACAGGUCACCAGUAACUCACUGCUAACACAUGCUUACAUAGGCUUGCCUGCGCUCAGGUGUGUUUCAGGCAUGAACUAAUGGCAAUACUUUUGGAUCAAACUCUUUUGAUGGCUAUAUUUUCACUGUACAUAGCAACAUAUUCUACUAACAUUUCAAAUUCCAAGUAUUUUAGAUCUACCUAUAAUGUCAGCAUAUUAAAUCAAAAACCAUAUCAAGUUUGACUUUUUUUUCUUUCUGUUUUUAACCAAAUAGAAGAAAAAAGCUUGUUCAAAUGGAAAAACGAAACCUAUUUAGUCAUGUAAUCUUUACGAAGUGGAAUCAUUGCAGAUCGAAGGCUUGUUGAGACAGAGGACAUCAAAACACAUGCCAGUAGUUCACAACAGGCUCAAUGAAAAAUGCUACGGUUGCAUUUAAAACCAACAGAGCACUUAUUUCUUUCCUCUUUGUUUUUGUAGAACACGUUUGAGUGGGCUUGACAGUUUCAUAGUUGUUGUUUUUUUUUUUUUUUGCUUUAAAUUCGCAUCUGGAUGGUAUUUUCGUUAUUCAAGUCGCCUUCUCCAGAGUCUCUUUGAGAAUGCGCCUGCUCUUGUUAACUAAACAAUAAUAGUAUGUCUAUAUACCUGUCAGUAUUACAUAUCCAUAUGACCAAAGUUUCAGUGUAGUCGUGUAUCAUAGAAUAGAUCGGUUUCAGUUUAGCUGCUUGUGUAUAUUACUAUGAAUGGUGUGCUUAUUCGUAGUUUUUGAGAAAAAAACAGGGGGAAAAAACCGGAAUGUACACUGAAGACUAUUUAGGUGAACGUCCUGAACAUGGGACAUCACAAACUAAUCAAAUACAUGUCCUGUUUUAGACUCGAGUUACAAUGAUACAACGAUUUGGAAUCGGGAUAGAUUUGAAUGUGGCCCGAAUUUGAAUAGCUUUCCAUUUUUUUAAUGAUUUCUUGGUUUUUCCAUAUAUGUGCCUUAGGUUUGUCUAUAAAUCCAUAACGGUCAAGAUAUCAGUCUAGAAUGCCCUGGUUGUAUUGUGUUCAUCAUCUCGGUACACCUUCACCGGUCUCGCUACAGUAUAAUAUAGGCUUCAUUUCGACUAUAUACGUAUAUGUAAAUGCAUACAGUUCAGUGAGCAGACAGCACAUCUAUACACCUGCAGACAUUCAAAAUCUCUCUCUAACCAAACCCACGCAGGGUUGUUAACAUGAAUACAUGCUUAUUUACUAUGCAUCAGGUUAUUGCUGUGAAUCCACUGACGCAUAACUCUUUGGCAUCGACUCUUUUGUAAGCUUUCUGUUAAAUGAAGUGGUCUUACUGAAAUUUGAAGCCUGAACCGUUCAAAUGAAUCUGACUAUCAUUUCUCUUUGCAAUUCUAGUCAUUGUCUAUGGGAGCGAAAUCAGCCUCUAAGCUGUGCAGCCUUAAUCAGAUCUUCAAUUCAACAAGUUGUCCCUGUAAAUAGUCUACCGUCUGUAGGUUGCUGUAUUAGCUGUGUGAAUCAUGCCUAAGAGUCAUGUCAAUAUGUUGCACUCACAGUUGUCCAAAGUAGGACACAUAUUGUGGCUGAAACAUGCCAUGAACCAUUCUGUCCUUGUGAAAACCUGCAGUGCGUUAAAGCUAAAUAAAAAAUAAUAUAUGCCGGCAGCUAUUUGCCUCAGCCAGUUGUACUGGACCUUGUGUAGGAUGCGUCCAUUGCACUGGUUCCACUAAACACCUGCGAACAUUGCCAAAAAUGUUGACUUUUUAUUAUUAGUGCUUUAAGCACAGACAGCUAUGUUUUAACACAAAAUGUACACCGUAGCAGUUUUCUGAAACAUGAUUAUAAAAAGUUAGUCAAACAUGGCUUUGGUAUCAAGGCCUGGCAGCUCAAAUAUGCUCGGCUUCUAUGGUUUUAAAAUGCCAGAUAUAUUUUCUCCACCAGCUGAUAAGUGGUGCCUUGUGAAGUUAAGUGUAUUUUUUUAUGUUUCUGCUUCUAAAUGACAAUUAGUGUCGAGUCAAUAUUAGCGAGGUCACCGAGAGAAUGUCAUCCACGUAUUUUAGUUUGUAUCGCUCUUAAUGAAGUUAUAAUGCAAGUGAAGUGUUAAUCAAAAGUCAUAUUUCUAACGAGGACAGAACAGAAACUCUAAAUUCAGACACAUGGUGUUAUGACAAUUUGGAUGUCUGUAUCUGCAUGCUCCAUUUGAUUGUAUGCAUACAAAUUUUGAAGAAGUCAAGCAGUACUGAAUAUCCGUUUGAAUGAGAUCUUAUACAUCAUAUGUUUUUUUUUUUUUUGUAAUGGAUUUUAAAUUCAUAGAUCAUUUUGUAAAUUGUAUGGAUAUUACAAACAGCAAAUAAUGGACGUAUAUAGAAAAUAAUUAAUACUGAUAUACGCAAACAUAUGCAUUGUACAUAGAAUGUAUGUAUACACAUUCAUGUUUUGUGUAACUGUGCAUACAGACAUGUUUAUAAAUACAAGUACUAGCCUGUACAUAUGUACAUACAUAUAAGCUUGCAUGUGUUUGGUCAUGUCUGCUGCUCAUGAUCUUGUAGUUUUAUUUUUUUAUUUCUUCUUUUUCUUAUUGUAAAGCUCAUUUUGUGCAGCCAUCUCCGGUGGAGCAGUACUAAGCACUUAAAAUACAGUUGAUCUUGUUCAUGUCAUUCAUUGUGCAAAAAAAAUACAAAAUAAAUAAAUGAAUUUAUCGAGAGCUCA